AAUAUAUCUUCAAGCCAAAUAUGGGUAAUAUUGAUUCAAGAUACCAAUUUGAGCACGGAAAUGUGUAUCUCCAGACUGAUAAGGCAUAUUUCGUGGCUGGCGAACAGAUCACAGGUAAUAUUUACCUCAACUUGAGCAUGGGAUUUCCAGCAGCGAGCUUGGAGAUCCAAGUUGAAGGAAAAGAAAAGUGUAAAUGGGUUACUAGAGAGACAAAAGAGAUUAAAGAUGGAGAUUCGACAAAAACUGAAUUCGUUGACUUUUGGCAUAAGAAUGAAAGGAAGAUAAUAACCUAUAAAAUUCCUGUCUAUUAUUUCCCUGGUGGAAUGGCCCCAGCUGGACAGUAUACUUUCCCAUUUUCAUUUGCAUUACCAUCAAAUCUCCCAGCCUCAAUUUAUUAUUGAGGAUUUGAUAAAGCAAGUGCUUUCAUCAAGUAUAAGAUUAAAGCAGUUUUGGAACCAAUAAUUGGACUGACAGUAAAGAAAAUGAAGUUUAAACAACCUCUCGUGAUUCGUCAACCUGCAAAUGUAAGCGCCAUGGCUCCACUUCAAACAGACGAGCGUAAUGUAUAUGCUUGCUGCUGCUUUGGAAAUAAGGGAGUUGCAAAAAUUACAACUCAAUUUGAGAAGGAUGGAUACUGCCCAGAUGAGACUUGCAGAGCAAUGUGAGAUGUAGAUAAUUCACAGUGCAGUGGAGAAAUUAAUAAUAUAACUAUCAGAUUAGAGCAACAUGUUGAGCUUAGAUCUAAAGAUGGCCUCACAUUCACAGAUAAGAGAGUUUUAGAAUCUAAAGAAUAUGAUGGUCUCGCUGCAAACUCCAACACUGGAGGGAUGAACAGAUUCUUAGAGCUCAGUCUUGCUGGUAUUAGACAGCAAGCCAGACCUUUUGAUGACGUGAAACCACUCAGUGCUGAUGAUUUAUAUCUUGCUGAAAGAAUGCAGCCUUCUUCUCACGGAAACGCUGUAAAAUUAUGGUAUACAUUGACCGUGUUUUGUAAUUAUGGUACAUGCUGUGCUGAAGAGCCUCAUUGUACUAUCCCAUUAACUAUUACUCCACCUCCCCUGCCUAGUUUCGGGCAAGUCCAAGCUCCAGCAGGAUGGUCUCCAACAGUUUUCAAUACAUUUGAAUUUAAUUUACCAGGGCCUGGAGAAGUUUUAUCAGCAGCUGCAGCUACUGCAGCACAAGUAGCCCCUGUCUCUGGAAAUAUAUCUAUUAACGUUGGAGGUAAUGCCCAUGCUCAUGAAGAAGUCAAGAUGCAAAUGAACAUCCCAGCACCUAAGAUAGGACUCUCCAUCGAUACAGAUAAAAUAAAUGCUGAGGUUCCUGUUCCUCCUCCAGUUAGUGUUGAUAUAAAUACUAAUAUUCCUCCUCCAGUUGCUAUAGACACCAAUAUUCCUCCCCCAGUUGCUGUAGAUGUCAAUAUCCCUCCUCCAGCUCCAGCAAUGAACUUCGAGGUGACUGGCAACACUAUGGCUGAGCCAGACCAAGUCCAGAUGAACAUGAAUAUGGGAGGUAUCGGCAUGAAUGUUGAUAUGCAAGUCGAAGGUAAUGCUACUUAUCAUCAAGAAUCAACUGUCAACGGAGUUACCACCAGCGUCACCACUCAUGGCGACAUUCCUCCACCCUCCAUGGGUGUCGGAGCUGACGUCUCGGUUGGUGCAGGCGUUGGAAUAGGCGGUGGCAUUGGAGUCGGAGGCGGAGUCGGCAUUCAAGAGUCAGAUGAUAAUGUCGAAGUUCAAGCCAACGUUGGAGUUCCAGGAAUGAACAUGGGAAUAAACAUGAAUAUGGAUGGAUAAUUCAUUAAUUUUUUGAGAUAGAGACAAUAAAAUGAAGUUUGAUUU